UGAGCAACUGCUGGCAUUCGGAACGGACAACUUUAUGCAUAUAUAUAUAGCCCUAGCAGACUUCGCUCUAGGAUCAUUUAAAGGGUAGUGCGAAGAGAAGUCAAGUGAAUUUAAGGAAUAUUACGGAUCAAACCCAGCUCUGCGCCAUCGACCAUGUGGCCACCGGGAAGCCGACAGGGAAAGCGAUAUGGACUUGGAGUCGUCCUGCCAUUGGCUGUUGGACUCCUGCUCUGCUCUGCGCAGACGCAAAGCUCUGUGACGUCAUUAAGAAGCACUGCAUCAGCAGCAGCAGCAGUAGCAGCAGGGGAUACUUUGGGGGAUGCUGCUGCUCUCAGGGCCACAGCAGCCCAAAUCCUUGAAGACGCGCGACCCAGCAGCGUAGUUCAGGAUUGGAGUUUGGUGUGCAAAGAGCUCUGCGGAGCCGGCCUGGGCGUUACGACGCCUGGCGAGGCCCAUUCUACGAUCCUGAGACCGGAAAUUGAUGCGGCCAAGUGCGGGCAACUGUGUGGACUGCCAAGGGAUAACGUGGGCGAUAGACUCUGUUCGAGCUUCUGCCAGCAAAGGCAUCGCUCGCUGUCCGGCUGCAGUCCAUGCCAGGUGCAGGAGGUGGAGGAGCAGAAGGAGUGGAAGGAGGCCAGUGCAGUGCAAGGCAAUGCCACACAUGGUCCCAGCUCCGGGGAAUCCCUGGCGGCAGUAGCAGGAAUUGCGGCCGCCUCGGAUGGUACGACCACGGCGACACCCGACUGGAACGAAUUGUGCAAGGCGCUCUGCAAGACUGGCGAUGGCGGGUCAUUGUGCAACUGUGAUCUAUCGCCGUUCUUCACCUGAAAGGGGAACCCCCAGGUGCGAUGGAAGGCGCUGGAUCACAAAUAAUUUAUAUAUAUAAUUCAAAAGUUAUAUAACAUUUUGUUGUUCUUCGUUUUGGACUUGAGUUAGUGCUAGUGUUGUCUUUAUAUAUACAUAUAUUCUAUAUUCCAUAUCUUGUUGCGAGAGUUUAGUUGAAAUACUGUAAAGAACAAACAAAAAUCGAUAGAAAAAAGGUAAAUCAAACAAAAACCAAAAACAAAAACAAAAACAAACCAAAAAUACAAGCACUAUGCAUAUAUAUGAAAGAAUCACGCGCAAAGCCGGAGGAAGAGCGAAAAUUCGAAAAUUCCCUAUGCGAAUCAAUUAAUUUGUAAUUAAUUUCAAUUAUAAAAAACGUAACUAUAGAAGAAAAGCUAUAUAGGAAGUAAGCGGAGGAGAAUCCAACAGCAGAAUCACGCAGGGCUUCCAGUGUCCCCACGCUGGAUAGAAGGAUCACUCAUCCCUUGGGCAUCCGGCGUGGGGGCACAACCCACAGUAUUAGGUGAUUGGAAUAGGGAGACACAACCAAUUAAUAUCAACAAACACAACAUAUCGUGGUAAAUCAAUUACUUACACUCAACGUAACUCACAUCGGACUUUUGAUUGACCUUUUUGUUUUUUGACGGAAUCAGCAUAUCAAUUUACGAAGGAGGCAGGAGGCUAUCUGAAGUUGGUAUCCGAACAGUUUUUGUUCAGUUUUUUGGCUUACAAAUUAUCGGCAAAUCAAAAAAGAUAAAUAAAAGAUAGGCAUCAAUUAUAUGUGUCACAUUAGCGGCCACGUUAACCAAGAGUUUAGUGUUGGUUACAGCCACUUACAGAUAUAAAUAUGAAUAUAAAUACGAUAUUGGUCUAUAUCUAUAUAUCUAUACACAAAAUGAGUUGCGAUUGCAAAUCACAAACUCAAAGGCGGGACAAAACCCUGAACCCUGAAUACCCCGCGCAUACAUUUACAAUUACUAUAGAAAUCAUUCUAUAUAUAUAUACAUAUAUACAUAUUUAACAUAUAUGCUAACAUUAUCUGUGUGUUUGGAAGACAUUUUUUCGCAUUGUAUGAAAUGGAAGACAAUUUCAGCAAGCAACAACAACAGCAAAAAGCAUUCUGGAAGACAUGCGUCAAUUUAAUGGGGGCCCACACCAUCCAGCCCCCUUGCAACUAGUUCAAUAAGACCCUAAAACAAAAAUAACAUAAAUAAUACUAUGCUAAACUUAAUCCUUAUUUCGAUUCAAAAAAGAACAAAGAAAAACCUAGUCAAUGGCUAGCACACGUUGUUGUGUCAAACGCGACGCUGUGACUGACAAUAAUUACUAGAAAUAAUACAAAAAAGAUAGAUGGAGAUGGAGAUUUGGGUAUUCAGUGUCUAAAUAUCUAAAUAUACUUAAUCGCGCACCUAUACUAUAUAUAAUAUAUGAUAUAUAAUACAAUAUAUUGCACCGAACGAUAAUUACGAGAUUAUUUAGAUGGAGAAUAUCGCAGGAGUUUAAGAAGCAUUAUUCAGAGCACAUUCAUUGAUAACCUAAUGCGGCUUCAGUAUGUAUAUCGAUGUGUAGCACGUUAAUCAAUCACUAAUUACAAAAUACUAAUCGUACUACUAAUCGUACUCCAAUGCACUUGCAUUUAUGUAUAUGUGUUAGGCGUUGCGUUUCUGCCAUGAAUACUGCGGCUAAGGAACCAUAAUAUCAACCAUUAUUGUAAACCAGAUUAACUAAUAAUCAACUCUAUAAAAAACAUCAUCAUCAAUUGCGAUUACAAUUGCAACACCGAACCGAAAACCGUUUCGCAGUUUGUUUUCGUUUGUUGUGGCAAGGCAAGAGGCAUCGAUCUAGCCCGCGUUGGGUGGAUACGAUUAUAUAAAAUAGCAGAUAGGAAGAACCAUAGUUGAAUAGCUUGAAAUGCCAUAUAGUAUGUAUGCCGCGAGUGAAAUAACCCCGAAGAAAAUCAGAAAUUUAAAGACAAUUCCACACAAGUAACCGAACAACUGACAAAAAAAAAA